AUGCUGUCAAGCUAUUAUCCUAUGGCUGAUCAAGAACCUUUUCAUGCAGCGGUUGACAAGCUGAUGCCAAUGCGUCCUAUGGAUUAUGCUUUGCCACCGUUGAUGAUGCGAUCACGUUCAUCCUCUGCUACCUCUAGUGAAGUUACUCCUGUGUCUGAAGAAGCCAUCAGCAAUUUGCGACGUAAUAACAGUGCUGAAAAGAGCAUACGACAGCGAGCUGUGCCUACUCCACCACCACGUGCACCUUUGCCACCCACUCCACGUCCUAGUAUCAUGCACCAUCAAUUAUCAUGCCAUCCCAAGUCACCUUCUGUUGGAUCCAUUUUAGCAAGUAUACCCAACAAGCGUCCUACCACACCAGCAUCCACCAUCCAUGACAUACGACGCCCAUCUUCAACAUUGCAACUACCACCUUCACCUCCAAAUCUCAGGGCAUCGCCUUCUUUGCGCACUAUGAUCAGCUCAGCCAAUCUCAGAAUGAAACGUCAACGUCAACAACAACACCACGCUAAUGCAUGGGGAUACAUCCUUGAGCAAAAUCAUACCGAACAAGAUCGAUUGGUUGCUCAACAUUACUUGCUACGCAUGAUGUUUGGAGGUGUGGAUUACAAUGCUCCUGUAUCUCUCGACAAUAGCAACAGCUUUGGCGCCAAAUCCAACAUCGUAGUAUUGGAUGUCGGAUGUGGUCCUGGUGCAUGGACCAUGGAGAUGGCCACUUCCUUUCCAAAAGCAACAUUUAUCGGUAUUGAUAAAGAUGAUUUCUUUCCACAAGACAUCAAGCCCAAGAACUGCCAUUUUCGUCAAUACACUAUUGGAGAGGAUGGCACUCUGCCAUUUCCUGACAACAGCUUUGAUUUCAUCUAUCAGCGUGAUUUCAAUUGGGCACUCACCACUGACAUGUGGACACGUCUUAUCAACGAGUACAUGCGUAUCCUUAAACCAGGUGGAUGGGUCGAGUUGGUCGAAUCGGACGUGGAAACCAAAAGCAGUAUGCGUAUGGAAUGUGCCAUGAAUGACAAAUUGCUUGAAGGAAUGGCCCUUCGUCAUCAGGAACCCCAUAUUGCCCGUCAUUUAUCUACAUUAUUAGCGGUGAAUGGGUUCAGGCGGGUCCAAAGUCAAUUUCAAUCCUUCCCAUUAGGAUGGGACAAGGAGCAGCAAGCUGAGAAGGAAAAACAAAAUGACCCUUCAACCUUAACGCCAAGUGAACUUGCUCAUCAACAAAAACAAAAACGCAUUCGUUCGGAACUUGCAAGGUUGGCAGCAAGCCAAUACUUGUUCUUGUUGCAAUCUUUACGACCCUGGCUCUCUUUGGUCAUGAAUCUAUCGACUGAUAAGUAUAAUAAUUACAUUAUUGGCCUACCCGAAGAAUGGCGUCAGGGUCAAACAUAUACCAAUUGGCAUUGUGCAACGGCCCAAAAGCCUCCCAUCAGCAGAUUUUGA